GGAGGGAGGGAGGGAGCCGAGUGCGUUCGGCGGGGCCGGGCAGGGCUGGAUCGGGGGGGAGCCUCCGGCUCACUCGCUGUGGAUCGUCCUGCCAAGGCCGGAGCUGGCGGCGCCGUCAUGAGGCCAAGCGCCCCAGCCGCCGCCGCUGCCGCUGGGGCAGUACUUGGAAAUUGAUCUUGGACAUGAUUGUCACCAUCACGACAUAAUCAUCAGCGAACAUAAAUUAUUUUCUUCUCCUUUUGGAUAACUUUUUUUAUACUACAAUGCAACAGACUUUAGAAUUAGCUUUGGAUCGUGCAGAGUAUGUCAUUGAAAGUGCCCGUCAGAGACCUCCUAAACGGAAGUAUUUAUCUAGUGGAAGGAAAUCUGUAUUUCAGAAACUAUAUGAUUUAUAUAUAGAAGAAUGUGAAAAAGAGCCUGAGAUAAAGCAGAAGCUGAGACGAAAUGUGAACUUGUUAGAGAAACUUGUUAUGCAGGAAACGCUCUCCUGUCUGGUAGUCAAUCUAUACCCAGGAAAUGAGGGCUAUUCUCUGAUGCUCAGGGGAAAGAAUGGUUCAGAUUCUGAAACCAUUCGCUUGCCUUAUGAAGAAGGAGAAUUGCUUGAAUAUUUAGAUGCUGAAGAAUUACCACCUAUUUUGGUUGAUCUCCUUGAAAAAUCUCAGGUUAAUAUUUUUCAUUGUGGGUGUGUCAUAGCAGAAAUACGUGACUACAGGCAAUCUGGGAAUAUGAAAUCUCCAGGUUACCAAAGUAGACAUAUUCUCUUACGUCCAACAAUGCAGACUUUAAUCUGUGAUGUUCAUUCUAUAACAAGUGAUAACCAUAAAUGGACACAAGAAGACAAACUACUUCUUGAGAGCCAGCUUAUCUUAGCCACAGCAGAACCAUUGUGUCUUGAUCCUUCUAUAGCUGUGACCUGUACUGCAAACAGAUUGCUCUAUAAUAAACAGAAGAUGAAUACUCGACCAAUGAAGCGAUGUUUCAAGAGAUACUCCAGAUCUUCCCUGAAUCGGCAGCAGGACAUAUCCCACUCUACAGCUCCUCCACAGCUAAGAUUGCUUGAUUACUUACAAAAAAGAAAAGAGAGAAAAACAGCCCAGCAGUAUGACCUCAAAAUUUCUAAAGCUGGAAAUUGUGUGGAUAUGUGGAAACAGAAUCCCUGUUAUUUGACUACACCUUCAGAAGUGGAUGUGGAAAAGUAUGCUAAAGUGGAAAAGUCUAUCAAAUCUGAUGACUCACAGCCAACUGUCUGGCCAGCACAUGAGAUAAAAGAAGAUUAUGUGUUUGAAUGUGAAGUUGGUAAUCAGUUUCAGAAAACGAAGCUAACCAUUUUUCAGUCACUUGGUAAUCCACUCUACUAUGGUAAAAUACAGACUUAUAGAAGUGACGAAGAAACUGAGAGCCCAAUAACACCAACUCAGUUCCUAAUUGGAUCAAAGACUGACGCUGAAAGAAUAAUUAAUCAAUAUCAAGAGUUGAUUCAGAAUGAAGCUAAAUGUCCAGUGAAGAUGUCUCAUUCAAGUGGAUCUGGCAAUCUUAGUCAACUUUCUCCAGGGAAAGAAAUGGAAUUAUCGACCAGCCAAGAUGGCGGAGUAGAAGGAAGUAGUACAUCUGAGCUGUCCCCUACAACUACUCCACAAAGAUCUAGAAAACGCAUCAGACCAAGUCCUGAUCGGGAAAUUCAAGAAAAAAUCACACCCGAGAGCCUAUUGGUUCAGCCAUCAGUGUUGGGAAAGGGAGUAAAACAUCGGCCUCCACCCAUUAAACUUCCUUCAAGUUCAGGAAGUAGCUCUUCAGGUAAUAUUUUUAGUCCACAGCAGUCAGGCAGCCAUCAUAAGUCCCCAACUCCUCCUCCCACUUCUAAGCCACCUGGUCUUUCUCGGAAACCUUCCAUGGAUCUUAAUCAAGUUAGCAUGCUUUCUCCAGCUGCUCUGUCACCUGCCAGCUCAUCACAAAGAUCUGGAACUCCUAAGCCAUCUACUCCUACACCAACCCCUUCAUCGACCCCACACCCUCCUGAUGCUCAGAGCUCAACUCCUAUUACCCCUUGUGCCACCCCUACUCCCCAAGAUUCAGGCUUCACCCCUCAGCCCACUUUGUUAACCCCGUUUGCUCAGCAGCAAAUGUCUCUGAGCCAGGCAAUGCCUGUAAUGACCAUUCCUCUUUCCACCAUGGUAACAUCUAUAACUACAGGAACCACGUCCACCCAAGUCAUGGCAAACCCUGCUGGACUUAACUUCAUCAAUGUAGUGGGCUCUGUAUGUGGAGCACAAGCAUUGAUGAGCAGUUCAAAUUCCAUGCUCGGGUGUAAUACUGGUGCCAUAACCCCUGCAGGUUUAAAUUUGAGUGGCAUUUUACCCUCAGGAGGUCUGGUACCAGGUGCAUUGCCAGCUGCAAUGCAGUCAGCCUCUCAGUCAGGUGUCCCUUUUGGUUUAAAAAAUACUUCAGGUCUCAGGCCCUUAAACCUACUCCAGAUUCCAGGUGGUUCACUCAUUUUCAAUCCACUCCAGCAGCAGCAGCAGCAGCAGCAACAGCAACAGCAGCUCUCUCCCUUUUCUCCACAGCAACAGUCUCAGCCCCCUACAACUUCUAGUCCUCAGCGGCCAGGAGAACAGAGUUCUGAACCAGGUACAGUCAGUCAAGACCAGGCUUUGUCUGCCCAACAAGCUGCUGUUAUUAACCUGACUGGAGUUGGGAGCUUUAUGCAGUCCCAAGCAGCUGGCAGAUGAUAACUGGGGACUUAAAGUAGAAAGUAGAGUUGGUCUUAAAUGUGUGAACUCUUGAGAUCUGUCAGUUGAGGCCCCUCUUAGUUUUUUAUUAUAUUCAGUUGUAGUUCAAAUAGAAAUGCCUGGCCCUCCACAAAUUACUAACUGUAGUUGUUCCGCAUGUUAUGUUACAGUUAAAAUUCUGCACAGUUACUAAAUGAAUUAGGAUAUUAGAGAUCGAUUUAAAAUGUUUUAUCAGUAAUUGUGCACAGUAUUUGCUUACUCAGAAUGUUUUUUCCCCCCUGUAUUUUAUCUUUUCUUUUUUCCUGGCAGUUUGCAUAUCCAGUCUGUUGGACAAAUCAGUUAACUACUCUGCUUCAGUUCGUCAUCUGUAAAAUAUAGGGAUUGGACUAGAAGGACCACUAAGGUCUUUUCCAUCUCUUUAUGUGAAAUAAUUCAUUAAGAAUACAACUUGAAUUGCCAAAAAAUUACUAUUAAGAGUCCAUGUUGUGUAGGUCAGAAGAAUGGUUGUUACACAGAACACAUUUUAAAAAUUAGGGGAUUUUAGGAAUCCCUUUACAUAUUCCAUUCCCCCAUAUAACUACAAAUAUGGGAAUUUAGACAUCCAUUUAAUAUAUAGAAAUAAGCAAUUAAAAGAAAUACCUUGGAAAUAAGUAAUAAUUGUAGUAUAGAUAUGAUAAUACCUACAAAAUGGUUUGGUGGAAAGAGCAAUGAAGUGCAAAUCAUAUGAUAUGGGUUCUAGUUAUGCCUCUGUCACUAACAAGCAUGUGACCUUGGAUAAAAAUUACUUAAAUUCUCUGGGCCUUGAGUUACCUACCUUGGAAAUUGAGGGGGAAGGGAGGAGGUUAAUUAUUAAGGUUCUUUCCAGCUCAAAUUCUGUACAUUUAUCAAAAUGUAUGUGUUGAUCAAUUUUGUUUAAAUAGUUUUGAUUUCAACACAAGUCUUUGUCUUGAAACCCUCAUUUGGUGUUCUAAGUUAUCUUAUUUAGGCUCUUUCAAGCUUCUGGGGAAUAUAGAAACAUAUACAUUUUAAUUUUAUGGGUAGCAGUUUUUGACACUGGAAAAAUACCUUCCAAAAUAAACAGCAAGAUUUUAUUCCCAACUUCUCUGAGGUCCCCUCUCCCCUAUCCCAUCCUAUCCCUCAAAAAAAAAAUCCUUAAGAAUAUAAAAUCCAAUAGGAAAACUUGUUGCAUGACCACAAAAGCUUUAUAAUCUGAUUGCAUGCAUCAACUAACCAAGUGACUACUUUAUUCUGAAAUGUUUGUGAUUUUAUAUCUAAGAUUAAUCAUACAUACUGACAGCCUUCCAAUUAUCCCAUUUUCUGUGUUGCCCUUUUCUAACUCUGAUAACCUUCAAACCUUUUUGACUGGCCUGCUUUCCCCUUCUCCUUUCUGUAGUGUUGUCUCAGCUUGGCUCUGCCGAGAACAGACCUGAGCAAAGCCUUCCUCAGCAGAGAUUCCAGCUCUCCUCUGCCUUUCAACAGCAGCAGCA